AUGCAGAUCCGCUCGUCGGCCCACGCCCAUCACCGCCCCGCCCCCCCACCUUUGCCACCGCCCCUCCAACUCUCUACCCUUACAUCCUCUAAUACCCACGCUCACAUAAACCAACAACCAUGGCCACUAUUGACGCUCUGUUGA